AUGCCCAAAAAGAACAAGACCAAGACCAAGGGCAAGACCAAGGCCAUCCGACGCAUCCUUUCCGACGACGAGGGGAUGGAUGUGGACGACACACCACCCCGAGUCCCUGGCACCUCGCCGUUGGAGCAGCUUCCUCGUCAUAUUCACUUUGCAUCCCCAACCAAGUCCCUUCCUGCCACGUCCAAGACCAUCUUUGAAGCCUUCCGCCCUGACAACCUACCUGUCGCUGAAACGGGUGCAUGGGUGGCGCACCUCGUCACCAAGUUUAUCACGGACAAGCUGUGCGAGUCAAAGCCGGACCGCACUGUCUUCAUUCUCGACCUGCACUUUGCCCGGAACGUCCACACCAUCCGCCAUGCGCUCUCAAUUCUCCAUAAGAAGCCAGGCAACCGCUUCUAUACAAUCACCAACGGCCCGUGUGAUCCCAGCCCAUACCUCAUGAUCGCCCAAAAGACACUCCCCGUGGACUUUGUCCACACCCUCUACCACACCUUCCCUCCCAACCCACAAGCCAUGACCGCCACUGUCCGUAAGCUAGCUGGCAAGUACACCAGAGACGAACCACUCGUCAAGGCGCUCCUCGACUGCGGUGCCGAUCCGCGUGUCCACAAGUCGUUGCACCCUGGGCGCACUGAUCCGUUCAUCGCGUGGUUCAAACAACAGUACAACUGGGAUCCCAAGAACCUCCUUUCCACCGAGUGCACAUGUGGCUGGCGGGCACAGCCCAACAUGGUCAAGUCUCCCAUUCGCAACGGAGUCAUGAAGUAUCUCCUCGGCAGCACGCCGUCUUUCACUCUUGAACGUUUCAUCCCCGAGGCCAAGAUUACCAAGAUCAUGAGCCAGACUGAAGUCGAAUCGACCAUUCUCAACGUCCAUAUGCUCCCCAAGACCGCCACCGUUCACCAUGUUCCGACUCGCGAGGGCGAAGCGUACUUUGACACAUUUGAUCGUCUUUCCAAGCUCAUUGAUGCCGAGUCCACGAAGGAGCCCGACUUCCCUGCGGACAAGCCCACUGCCACCGCCGAGGAGGUCAAGGUCUACCCUACCAAGGUGACACCGUUUGUCGCAUAUAAAACCCACGUCACCAAAACCAGGAUAUCAGAAUCUCAGGUUGACCUUCACUUCCGAGCUGGUAGCAGUGAUGAAGAAUGUGGCUUGCAUCCUGCUCUUGACGGUCAGUACCGUCCCUCCCGCGGCGUUGGUGGCUGUGAACAGCUCGGACCUGAGGGACGUCUUGUUGUGAUGUGGCAAAGCGUUCGGCCCGUCUUGGUCUCCGUAAUGGCUAAGCCUGGCCACGCUUUACGCUUUGCUGCGGCCCCAGCAUACUGGAGAAUCUCGACUCCCGACGAGUCCGUGGAACUGUAG